AAGAGUGCCGUUUCUGAGAGAUGCGCGCACUCUGGCUCCAGCAACGCGCAACUUCUGAAGUAACUGCGAUGGAAGACUUUGACUUGUCUCAAGCUUUGGACAUAGAUUCUGUUGAACAGCUACCAAAUUCUUACAGCUGCAGUGAAGAUGACAGAGAGGAUAUGAAUUUCCCCUUUGACAUGGAUCUUGUUAUCACGUACAAUCGCAAAAGCUUUCAACGUGUGGCCAACCUGGUGGUGGUCAUAAACAAAAUGAAGAAACCUCUGACCGGACUUGGCCAAGAGUUGAGUGACCAACAACUGUGCAAUGCAGUUCUUGAGAAUCUAAUAGAAGACACAACAGUAGAAAUGUUGGAAUCACGUAGAAAAAAAGGAAAGUUUCAGCGUGCCAACAGUGGGCAUUCUUGUACUCUGUGUGAUGAAGCACAGAAAGAUGUCAUCCACAACUCAGAAAUGUUAAGACUCCACGCUAUAACCCUGAAAGGAGGAAAUCAUGAAAAGAAAGUGAUAUUUCAGAUGACCAGAUACACUGAAUGCUCAUCUGCAAAACAAUCAGUUAUAUUAUCUAUCAAAAACAGCAACCUGUACCUAACAUGCUCAAUGCAAGGUGAGAUUGCUGUUUUGAAUUUGGUGGAAUGUUCAGAGGCAGAACUGCAAAAAUUCAAUGGUGGCCAAAACAUGGAUCACUUCCUGUUUUACAAAACCAUCACUUCAGUGUCACUGACAAAGUUUGAGUCUGUUAACUGCAAGGGUUGGUUCAUCAGCACAUCUUCAGAGGAUGAGAACCAGCCUGUGGAGAUGUGCCAAAUGGACAAUGCAGCCAGAUAUACCUGCUUCAACAUCAGCAGUUCAAACAAAUGAGAGUGAGUGGAGCUAGGAAGAACCAAUAAGAGGGUGACCACCUUUAAUCUUGGUUGUCCUGUAUGGCCAAAUAGGCCCCUGUCCCUCAUAAUAUUCAUAGAAAGAAAAAUCAGAUAAGACUUUUUUUUUUCCUCACAAAUGACUGGACCAAAUUCUGGACCAAAGAUGUACAUUUUUUAUUAUGUACUUUAACUUCUUGGGUUGUAUUUAUCUUGUUGACAUAUUUUGGCUGCUAGCUGCAAGCCAUCUUCAGAACUGUCACCGGUAUUGGUGGUGACAUGCCAUAUAACAGCUGUUGUUAUAAGUAUGUGUGGUCAGCCUGAUUGACCUGGCAGGUCACACAGACUGACCAUGCCGGUUAAAGAUUGUCUGGGUUGUAAAUAUUGGCACCUAUUGCUAUUACAGUUUCUCAGUACAUUACGAUUGAUAAUAAAAUCAUGUAUUGCAGUUAUCAGUAGCUUAAA